CUUACACACAUCAAUCUCACUAAACCCAUACAAUGUCCACCAAUCAACUUAACAAAGUUGCCGUCUUUGGUGCCUCUGGGAAUUUUGGUACCCCCAUCACUGCCGCUCUCACCAAAGCUGGCUUCAACAUUACCAUCAUCACCCGAAAUGAAUCCAAGUCCACAUUUCCAGACGGUAUCCCUGUAAUCAGAACAGACUAUACUCUAGAGGCCCUCACCCAAGCCCUGUCUGGUCAAGGCGCAGUUGUGUGCGUUGUCGGUCCGGCUGGCAUCAGUCUGCAAGCCACCAUGGUUGAUGCUGCUCUAGCCGCUGGUGUCAAACGCUUCAUCGUUGAUGACUAUGGCUGGGGUCCUGAGUUUAGAAGCUACCCUGAAUUUGAAGCAGUGCGGGCCCAACGAACUGUUGGUGUUGAUCGCGCAAAAGAACAUGCUGCUGCGAACCCAGACUUCACUUGGACCAGUAUUGCGACUGGCAAUCCCGUUGAUUGGGCGCUGAAGCGGUUCCCUACCAUGGGAUUCGACAUCAAGAAUCGCACUGCAAUUAUCUAUGAUCAAGGCGAAGAGUACUUCACUGGAACUACUCUUGAAGGCAUAGGUCAAUCGGUGGUUGGGGUGCUUCAACACCCUGAAGAAACAGCGAAUCACCACGUCGGAGUGCUCUCCAUCAAAACAUGUCAAAACGAGCUACUGGAGGCAUUCCAGAAGGUAACGGAAAGCCAAUGGAAUGUCCAGAGACGAACGACUCGUGAGCUCAUAGAAGGAGCGCGAAAGAAGCGUGACAAUGGCGAAGGUGGUUGGAUCCUUGAAUUGGCUGUCGCUCAGUUGUAUGAGGCAACUGAGGGAGGGAAAGCUCGCUGUAUUGUUGCACCGUCAUGGGAGGAGUCGGAUUCUGUGCUGCUUGGGGUUACUAAGGAAACACCUGAAGGCCUUGUCGCUUCUGUCCUGGCUAGUAUUUGAUCAAUAUAUUCAUGUUGUAAGAUUUCAGUCAAGAAUAUAUGUUUUCUGUUGAGAAUCAUAUUUCAUCAUUGAAUAUAGAUAUAUCUCUGGG